UAGUCAUGGCAUGUCUGACACCACAUAAUUAACAGUUCUCCUACCAUUCCGUGUGGACGUGUCAGACGCCCUGCGGACGACCCACUUUCCAUCAUGCACUACUAGUGCGAGUCUUGGACCGUCCUGUCUGUCACGAGUUCUGUCAGGCUGGCUGGAGAGGAGAAGAAAAACGUUAUUUGACGUUUUCUCAUGGUUUCGCAGUAACGGCGGUGCAGACAGAGAAAGCACACCGACGUGAACAUGUCGACAUGGAUUUUAUGAGGCUGUUUGGCGCCCUGAUCGCCGUCCUCUUCCACAAUGCAUCCGCUGCUAAAAUCAAUGGCCAACGGAUCUGCCGGCGAGGGACGGAGCGCCCAUGCUACAAGGUGUCCUACAUCCAGGACAGCCGGCGUAGGCUGACCUUCCAAGACGCCAGGCAGGCGUGCAGGGCAGACGGCGGUGAGCUGCUCAGCAUCGAAACAGAAAGCGAGCAGCGGCUGAUAGAGAGGUUCAUACAGCAGCUGCAUGCCGCAGAUGGAGACUUCUGGAUCGGCCUUCGUCGCAGCCCUCAGCGCUUUAGGAGUGGCAGCAGCAACCCGGGAUGUCCCUCCCAGUACUACUGGCUGGACGGGAGCAAGGCCAAGUUCAGGAAUUGGCACUGGGACGAGCCUUCCUGCGGCGGGGAAAUGUGCGUGGUGCUUUACUACCAGCCGUCUGCACCACCUGAUGAGGAAGGUCACUUCCUGUUUCAGUGGAAUGAUGACAACUGCAACGCCAAGAACAACUAUGUCUGCAAAUAUUCCAAAGAAAAGGCACCAGUCUUUACAGAGCAAGGGAACAUUGCACAUGAGGUUCCAACUGUGAGGCCAAACAUUUUCUUCACAACAGCAAGUGAUGAGUUCAUCAAAGUAGGACAGCCUGAGUCUUCAGUGUCUUUCUCAGACAACACCCUUUAUGUUCCCUACAUCUUGUAUGCAACCAUUCCUGCCCUGUUGCUGCUGUUGCUUGCAGUUGCUGGCUUCUUCUGCUACAAACAACAAGCUAAGCGCAGCAGGAAGACGGAGACCAAAAGCGCCACUGGCCGAGCCAAACGGUGGACGCCCACAGACACGUCAUCUUGCCCCCUUCAAGGACCUUACGCCUUCAGCGACAUCACCAGACUUACUCACCUUUCUCCCGACAGCACUCUGCCAGCAGACUUCAUUACAAAGUACCCAUGCACUCCUGCAAAGGACCCCCAAUGGAACGACUAUGAGAAUGUAUUAAUAACGGACAGGGAGAGUGGCUUUGUGAACAACGACAUCUAUGAGACCAGUAGGGCACAGGGUCGACACGGUUGGGUUGAAAAUGAGAUCUAUGGGUAGCAAUGUUCAGAAAUAUCACCUGGCUGUGUUCUGCAUGUACUACUGCAUGUGUGGUGCAGGAUACCGACACAUGUGGCUGUGGAUUUAUGUUGAACUUAGGGCGUACUCAUAUUCAUACCGUGCUGGACUUGGGCAUGAUAUCCCACACUCUCCUGGAGCAUUCAUGCUGUGGCCCAUUUGCUUGUGUCGUCACUUCUGUGCUGCUGUAUGACUGCAGUUUCCCUGACUUUGUGGAUUAUUUCCAGUCUUACUCCAAGUUGUACUGAUUAUUCCUAUUGUGCAAGGUGGCAGCUGUCAUUACUUGUUGGCAAAAGGAGCAAUCGCAUUAAUGAAAUGACACAGUCCGAAUGUGAUUAUGCCCUUAGAGUAGAUCCACCCUGUGUUAAAAUGGAACUAUUAGGAUAGGGGUGUCCAAAGUGUGGCCCGGGGGCCAUUUGCAGCCGGUGGCUGUUUUUUUAUUUUUAUUUACCACAUUCUAAAAAUAUAAUUUAACAAGAAAAAAACAGCAGCAAAAAUGAAAAGAUUUGCAGUAAUUUUACAAGCUAUUAGGAGAACUAUUGAAGAGAUAGUUCUGAUUUGUUGACAUGAAGUUGUAUGACAUCCCCAUCAGCAGUGUAGUGCAUCAGCAGUGUUCUGGUGAGGAGGAACGUAGUUACAGUUAGUUGCUGGGGUCACUUAAGUAAAGAGUUGGGCUUCUCAAAACAAUAUGCGUUCAAAUGAGUAUUUUGCAUCACAAAACCGUUGCUAACAAAAAAAGUCAGACCACUCAGUUGCUCAGCGUUUUUUUUCUCUCCAUUCGUAUCAAAACAAAAAUGGAAAAAUGGGUAAUUUCACAAGAAUAACGUCAAAAUAUUAGCGAAAGAAGUCAUUCUAAGAUGAAUUUAUAUAUAUAUAUAUAUAUAUAUAUAUUCUAUUGUAUUCUAUUCUAUUAUAUCAUAUUAUAUCAUAUCAUAUAUCAUAUCAUAUCAUAUUAUAUUAUAUUGUAUUAUAUUAUAUUAUAUUAUAUUAUAUUAUAUUAUGGGAAUAAAGUCAUAAUAUUAUCAGGAGAAAAUGUACAUGUAAGAUUAUUUAUAACAAAAGCUGAAAUAGUUGGAAAAUAAAAAAAAAAAAACAGCAAAAAUGGAGAAGGGGCAAAAACUGAAUUUCAUACUAAUAAUACGCUUUUUCAUCUAUAUCACAAAGCUGAGAUGGGAGUUUUUUUCUUGAAUAUACACUACUGUUUAAAAGUUUUAGAACACUCCAAUUUCUCUGGACGAAAAACCUACAUUUUUUAGUGUUAGUGUUAAAAUGGUCUGUCUGUCUUCCAUUGUUAAUUCCCUUUUUCUUGCCAUUUUUAUAGCAACAAAUUACUUUCUCCAGUACAAUGCUGUUCAAAUGAUGUUCACGAGGGUAUAGUACCACAGUGUGUUCCGAACACUGUUUUUAUGCAGACAGAGGAGGUGGUCCCUAAAACAGGCCUUUUUGUAUAAUUCUGAAAUACAAAUUAUUUUUCAGUUUCGGGUAACCUUACCUUUUUUUCUAACCUCUGGCACUUCACCACUUACCUUUGUGCCAUUUCAAGCUAUUCAUUAUACUUGAAUAACUUGAAUUUCAAUAAAUAACUGGAAAAAUUGGGGUGUUCUAAAACUUUUGACCGGUAGUGUAACUUCUUAGCAUAUCAACAUGCAUUGCUUUACAAAAGAGUGGCCCUUGCAACCUUUCAUUUUUUAGUGUGUGGCCCUCGCUGGAAAAGUUUGGACAUCCCUGUUUUAGGCCUUUGUGUUCGUCCAUAUUAAUGGACAAAAAAUACACAAACAUCUUGGAGGAAAUGCAUUUUUACUUCUUGCCAAUACUUUUGUCCGUAUAAUCUAGACAACUGUAAUCUAUUUAAUGCAUUCUAUGGUGAAGCAAAACUUGUAUUUUUUGUAUAAUUAUGUGCAUAUUGUACUAUCAUGCUGACUAAAACAGCUGUUUAAAAUGUAUUAUAUCCGCAGAAACGUGCAUUGUUUGUGCUAUGUUUAACAGCUCUUUUUUCUCAAUACAUCAUUCCAUUGCAUUUUGCACAAGUCUCCUUGGUAGUGUUUUUUAUGCUCAAAAAAAGGACAAUCUGGCACUCAAAGUCCUCAAAAAGUCCUCUUAUUAGUCGUGUCUGCAUGUCAGGAGCACAUGCAUCAGGUCCAGACCCAGGGACCAAUAAUUUCUGGAAUGAGUUAUGCAAGAACAGAUGUUUUUACUUCCAAUGGUUUAUAUUGUCCCCUUUUAUGCAUCGUUUCUAUCAAGUUAUGUAAUUGCGGUUUUGGAUUUCAAAGGGGCCGUAAUUAACCCAAACAUGUCUUCCAUACACCUUGCCAGAACCGAUGUGUGCUUCAGUGGCUUGCACAUUUAACCCUGCAAUAAAUAUACAGUGAAAGUUUUCAUGCAUAGGUUGUUAUCAUCUAAUAAAAUGCUUCUGCAGCAGGA